CUGGAAGAAAAACAUCUUUUGAACAUUAACUCAGUGCAACAUUCAUCUUUGAGCCCAGCGGAACUUCCUGCAGCCUGCUGCCCGGACUGAAGCUGUGUGCACUGCUGCUGAUUCUUCGGACCUCACCGAUCAUGGAGAUUUCAUUCGCAGGCAAACGAGCUCUGGUUACCGGAGCAGGAAAAGGGAUCGGCAGGGCUACGGCUCUGGCUCUGGCACGCUGCGGGGCAAAGGUCACGGCGGUCACGCGCACGCAGGCCGACCUGAGCAGUCUGGUGCAGGAGUGUCCCUCCAUCACCCCGGUGUGUGUGGACCUGGCAGACUGGGGGGCCACAGAGGCUUCCCUGAAGGACAUUGGUCCCAUUGAUCUGCUGGUGAAUAAUGCCGCCUGCGCCAACCUGCAGCCGUUUCUGGAGGUCACACCCGACCAGUUUGAUCAGUCAUUCAAUGUGAAUGUGAAAGCUGUGCUGCAUGUGUCCCAGAUUGUGGCAGGUGGUAUGAAGGCCAGAGGAUCAGGAGGCUCCGUGGUCAACGUGUCCAGCCAGGCGUCACAGUGUGCUCUCAGAGAUCACACUGUCUACUGUGCCACUAAAGCAGCACUGGACAUGCUGACUAAAGUCAUGGCCCUGGAGCUGGGACCCCAUCAGAUUCGGGUGAACAGUGUGAACCCCACGGUGGUGAUGACUGAGAUGGGUCGCAUAGGCUGGAGUGACCCCGAAAAAGCCAAGGGCAUGAAGUCCCGCAUCCCCCUGGGUCGCUUUGCAGAGGUGGAAGACGUGGUGAACAGUAUUUUAUUCCUGCUGAGUGAUAAGAGCAACAUGACAAACGGAGUCAGUCUGCCAGUGGACGGAGGCUUCCUGAGCUGUUAACCAACAGUGUCCUCAGCACGCCGCCCAUCUGUUCAGAGCUCCUGUCUCAUGACUGUUAUUCACUCAAUAAACUCACACACUGCACAA